GGGUUGCUGUCUGUAAUGUGUGUAGGGGUCAACACAGAUAUGAUCCCGGAACUUUGCCGUGGUCGUAUCACUGUUCAUACAGAGCUAUAUAUGUAAUCACGUGAAGAUUGGAACAACAAAAAGCUUCCUGGUGUACAGACUCUUCGCUAUGGAGGGCGUCAGACUGGCUGUCCUGAUGUCUUUCUGUCUGCUGGACAUUACAUCUGCCCGCUGCCCGGCAGGGAAAUACGGCAACAAUUGUGCUUACACAUGUAACUGUCAUCACACAGUGUGUUAUUCUACAGUUGGAUGCCUACCGCAGACCUGCAACCCUGGAUGGUCGGGAAGAACAUGCCAGAAGAAUAAUGUUGCACUUCGCAAACCAGCUGCAGCUAGUAGCAUCUACUUCCAACCAAGCAAUGCGGUGAACGGGGUGAAAACCGGAUAUAGCGACACUACAACAUGUAUGCAUACACAAUUCCAUGAUGCUGCCAUUAGGGCCGCCUGGUGGAUAGUGGAUCUUGGACAGACAACGUCAAUACAUUACGUCAGCAUAUACUUCAGGAAAGAUUAUAAGGUCCGGCGGAACGGUAUCAAGAUCUACAUAGCUGACACUGUGUUCUCCCCAACUGAUGGAGUCAACUGCUACAACGUGAUAGGUAACAUCAACGGGACAGACAUACCUGAUGUUUUGACUGCCACGUGUUCUGGUAGAGGGCGCUAUCUAGUUCUGUACACCACCACUGUAAACAACGAAAUCAACAACGUCAUCGUACCUGUCCUGGAUUUCUGUGAAGUGGAGAUUAAUGUAUGUGGCCCUGGUACUUUCGGUGCUGACUGUGACAACUACUGCCACUGCGACGGCGAUGUGUGUGACUACGUCAGCGGCGUCUGUCCAAGUGGAGUCUGUCUGCCAGGCUUUCAAACAGAAAGGUGUGACACAGCGUGUAUCUAUGGCAGUUAUGGAACAAACUGCAAUCAGAAGUGUUCAGACAGGAAUUGCAAGGGCGACAACUCUAGCUGUGACAGAUCCACGGGGGAGUGUGUUGGCGGCUGCAAGGCAGGUGGAAUGGAAUAGACUGCACACAGAAGUGCGUAGUUACCUACGGAGACAACUGUGCUCGCCUAUGCUCUGCCAGAAACUGCAGUGGAACGUCGUCAUCCAGCUGUGAUCACGUGACGGGGAAGUGUGACGGAGGCUGCAAGCCCGGCUGGAAGGACAAUGACUGUACAACAGUGUGCACCCAGGGUUAGAGUACGGAGCUGACUGUGUGGG